GCCCGGCGCCGCAAAGCUUAGUGCGAGGAGUUAAGUACGUGCCAGAGAGUAAGUCCAAACCGGCCAUUGUGUUGACAGUCCUGGGAGUUCAUGGUAAUGUGAGUUGUUCUAAAUGAACCUUGUUGCUUCCUCUGAACAUCCGCAGUGUGCUGUGCUGUCUUGCACUCUUCCUUUUCCUGACAUGCAUGCAGGUGUAGACAUCUGUCAGUAGAUGUUGCUUCUGAAUAGAACUAAAGAACUCAGAACAACUUGUAAGACUCUUGCCUUGAUUAGCAGGUAGGUGGAACAGUAUCAGACCUCCUUUCCCUGACCACCUGUACCACAAGCUAAUGGUUAGGUGUCUUUAUGUAACUCUGGAAAGCCAAGAGCAAAAGGGACUCAGGAUGCAAAGCAUCUAGAGACCAGUGUGAUUCCUCUCCACAGGGGAGGAGCAAGGAGGAAGACUUGCCAGACAAGAUCCAAAAGCAGUGUGACCUUUACUUUUCUAAUAAGGUGAUUCUGAAACUUGGAGUAGAGGACUCCUAGCCUGAGCUCUUGAGCUGCUCGAGACAGGAGUUUGAAGGUGCAGCAAGCCUAACAGUGAGGACAUUAGAAUUUCCUUGAACAAGUUGGACAAUCUGAAAUACUGACCAUGUCUAUUACGGAUCAUAGCCCCACCACUGGAGUGGUGACUGUUAUUGUUAUUUUGAUUGCUAUUGCAGCUCUUGGUGCCUUGAUACUGGGCUGCUGGUGUUACCUGCGUCUGCAGAGGAUCAGCCAGUCUGAAGAUGAGGAAAGCAUUGUGGGCGAAGGAGAAACCAAAGAGCCCUUUCUUCUGGUGCAGUACUCUGCUAAAGGACCUUGUGUAGAGAGGAAAGCUAAGCUAACUCCAAAUGGCACAGAAGUCCAUAGCUAACUUGCAGCAACACAUGUAUAUGGACUAUGCUUAUGAUGUGUGUAACCAGCAGAAGAAUCUCUAUACUGUGAAGAACCUGGUCACAUGCACGCCUCUCAUCAGAAAACACCCCGAUGAGGAUUAAAUAAGCUUUGUUUGCAACUGCAUGCACUGAGAAGUUGCACUUUGCAUCAGCUGUGUAUCCUAAUUCCUCUAUAACAGGAGCUGACUCACCUGGCGUAACAUCCAUUGCUGGCAAUGGACACAGGGACAUAUUGGUGUGAAGAGACCACUAGCGUUUUUUGUUACUUGAAUGUUUAGCUGAACUUAUUUUGAUGGAGCUACUACUGUAAUGUGAAUUACUUUACAACUGUGAACUGUAAAUAGGCUGCCAGAAGCUUUUUGCUUUGUGUUCCACAGCAUAUGGGAAUAAUAUGAUGCAGCAAGGGGACUCCUGAACCACCACUGUAGAUGGGAUUUCAGACCUUCAAAACACAAUCUGCAGUUAAAUCUUGCUUCCGCUACUAUUGUGAGCGCACAGCCAUAGUGUCAGAACUCUUACUCUUAUGCUUUAUUGGACUGAUGCAGAAUAAUUUCUUUGAAAAGAAGGUGUAAGCCUUCAGUAAAAUGUUGAGAGAGUAAACACAGGAACUACAAGAAAGGAAGUGAUUUCCUUUAAUUGCAGCUAGGUAGGUUAAGCUUUUGGCUGCUAGAACUGAGUUCUCUAACUAUGUAGCUACUGCAGGGAAACUGCCAUUUUGAGGGAUUCCAACCUGGGAACUAAUGAUGGAUACUGAACCCUCAGGGAUGAUCCAGAAGGUUCCCAGGAGUUUGAAAUGGCAGUAGAGCAGGCUUCUUUCUUCCAUAGGUCUGCAUGCUGAAACUGCAGAAGUGGUUACUUAUUAAAACUGGCAUUAAGUGCAGCUAGUAUGAAUUUUUUCCUAGAACCCCUGUUUGUGUACUUAGGAGUUAAGGUAUAUGUUAACAGCCUGUUGUAAAAAGGUGUUUUAGUCUACAGUCAGUCAACUAUAGAGAUAGAUCUUUGAGAUAGAUCUCUUGAUUUAACUUACUACUACAAGAUUAAGUUUCAGUCCUUCCUACAAAAACAAAUGUUGAUAUAGGGAAGGGAGACUUCUGGUCAGUUUGUAAAUGUUUUUUAGCUAGCAAUAGUGAAGUCCCAAAUAAGGACAUCCCUUCCAUUUCCUGCUCUGUACUGUAGUUCAACUGUAGAAAGAUGUGUUAAAGGGGGAGUUCUGGACCUCAGAGGUUUGGGGGCAGGAGAGGAGGCAGAAAAGGGAGGAGAAGGAACAACACUCAGCCACCAAUGACGAUUUUCUAAGACUGUGAGGGUAGGCACACAUGCUUUGAGGCCACUGACCUGUUUUCAAUGACUUUAUACAUAGCUUCCUUUGCCUACUGCAAUUUUUAAAUACUUAAUUGCCUAGGAGAAAAAAAGCUACUGUAAAUCUGUUCCCUGAGAUAAGUUAGUUACAAGUAAUGAAGUUCAAGUUCUUCAGCUCUAUAAGAAGCAUUAGACUUGCUUCUUGUACCUAAUGUUAACUAAGUUAACAUAGGCCUAGCAAGGUUGCUUGAGAACUGUAACUAUAUGCAAGACGAUGAUGGCCUAGACAGAAAGUCUUGUCCCUUGCUUCUACAGCAAGAUACUGACUUGUGGUUCUAGUGCUAUGUUUGCUUUUUUUAAUUGAAGGCUAUAAUUUGAAGCAAAAUCAAUGCUGUCAGCAGCAAAAAGCUCCUGCUGUUUCCUCUUGAGUACAAUAUGGGGUACAGCUGAUAGAAGGCUGUUCUUACCCUGGCACAUAUAUGUUUGGGUUUUUUUAAGAUGCUAGUCUCAUACUUGUAUGUAUAGUGAGACCCAUAUUAAACUGCUGUAUUCUAGACCUCUUGCAAAUCAAGGAGAAAAGAAUUAAUUCAGUAAGACUUUCUUUAGUUUUCAGUAGAGAACAGUUCACACAUGGCUCUUGCAGGUUUCAAGACAGUCAGAUAACUGGUAUACAAAAGUGAUACAAAGUGCUGAAAUUCUUGAAUGAACAGUUGUAGCAAGAUGACUUUGUCCAAGUUUACUGAUUACAGAGAUGAAACAUCUAUUUUAAUUCAGCAAAGAGAAUGCAGUGUAAAGGGCAAACUUCAGAAAUUAUGGAAAAGUAUAAAUCAUGUCUAACUUCUCUUCUAGCAGCUUUAAGAGAAAGCCAGUGAAAAAUAACUGGUCCUUAGUCAGAGGUGCUUCACACUGCUGCCCCUAAAAAUCAGCAUCUUCAAUUUUAAUGGAUAGGUGUUUGCAAGUUAGUGCAAUAGUAAAGUGCAGAAAGUGUUUUCCAUUCUCCUCUUCUCUUUAGAUGUGGGUAUCUAAUAAGUUGUUCAAGUAUACAAAAAUAAUCCAUUUGAUUUUUCUUUUUCUAGAUCAUGUGGGGGACGAAGUCUUUAUUUACAAUGAAUUUCAAUAAAAUUUGCAUAAAUACCUACCCAAUACUGCAUCAUUUGACUUUGUGUAAGUAAUCAUU